AUGUUUUCUAGAUUGUUCAGACCGAGCGUGACAGCAGCUAGAGGCCGUGGUAUUGAGGUGAGCAGGAGACUGUAUCAUCCGAAGGUGAUCGACCAUUACACAAACCCUAGAAAUGUGGGAUCGCUGGAUAAGACGCUGCCCAACGUUGGGACCGGGCUUGUGGGCGCGCCAGCGUGUGGGGACGUGAUGAAAUUGCAGAUUCAGGUGGACGAUGCGGGAGUGAUCGAGAACGUGAAGUUUAAGACGUUUGGGUGCGGGUCUGCAAUUGCGUCUUCUUCGUAUAUGACGGAGCUGGUGCGUGGCAAGACGCUGGAGGACGCGGCCAAGAUCAAGAACACGGAGAUUGCGAAGGAGCUGAGUCUGCCACCGGUGAAGCUGCAUUGCUCGAUGCUGGCGGAGGACGCGAUCAAGGCGGCGAUCAAGGACUACCAGAAGAAGCGCAAGACGGCAACGGUGCUGCGCUGA